AGACAGAAGCUGGUGGACGCGUUUGAAGUUGCUUUGUUUUGCCGAUUUCCCACCAGGAUGUUGGGCCCGUCUAUGUACGAAUCAGAUGGUUUCUUCUGUCUUUUUACAGAUUUGUAACAAGUAAGGUCUAGUGCUGAGUUCACAUUUCAAGUGACGAUGUCCGCAGAUCAGCGACAAAAUAAUGGCGGGGGUGGACCACCUACCAACCAUAACAACAACAACACAAAUGCUAAUAACAACAACAACAACAACAAUGCUAUGAAUCCAGGAAUGCCUGUUGGAAUGCAUGGCUUACAGCCUGGGAUGGCGAGCAUGCAGGCAAGUCUGCAAGCAGGUAUGCCGGGAGCGAUGCAGGGUAUGCCCGCCAGUCUUCAGGCCAGCAUGCAAAGUGGUAUGCGGUCUCCUGUCUCUCAAGUUCAGCUGAUCCACUCCCCACUGCCUGGCCCCCCGUAUCUCUCACAGUUCCCCUACAACCAGCAACUCAUGCUUCAGAAUGCAGCUGUACAAGCGGCUAUGCAGGCUCAGAUGAGUCAGCAGUUGAACCUGGCCAUGCAGGGCAGACCACCAUCUGUUAGCCCAAAGAGCCCCAGUUUACCUGUGCUAUCUCCAAGUCCUUCCGCCACACAGGCCCAGAUGAGUAUGGCAGGCACCAGCACUUCUUCUUCCUCCUCUACCAGCACCUCUUCCCAGGGUGGCUCCAAUGGGAGCAAGUCUCACACCAGUAAAGCAGGGUCAAACAGUAACCAGGCCCAGGUGGCAGCCAUGAUGGCAGGCAAGGCUACCAUGAUUCCCCGCCAAGCUCAGGCUGCACAGCCAAUCGUUAUUGGCCAGAUUGGUGUUGUUCCAGGACAGCCUGUGUCAACUGCUGGCUUCCUGCCACAGGGUUGUGAUCCUUCACAGUUAAUCAACAGUCAGGCCCAACAGCUAAGACUGACCAGCCAGCAGCAGCUAGUGACCAGUACUGGUCAGAUCAUCACGUCCCAGCCCAUGCUGACCAAUCAGGCCGUGUUACAAGCCAUGGCCAGUCUCCAGCAGCAGGGCAUCCCUAUCGCACAUCAACCUUUGCUGGGGACUCAGACGCCAUCUUUGAUACCAGGCCAACCACUCUUCAUCCGACCAGCAGGUCCUAUGCAGCCUCAGCAGAACAUGAUGGCAGCUGCUGCUGCCAAUGUUCAGAAUAUGAAUGCUAUGAAGGGCCAGAAGCCAGUGGACACGCCAACAAACCUGCAAACCAAACCUUCCAACAACCCUUCGGGGAAAUCCCCUUCUGCUGGGCAAGGACGUAACCUGACUAUUCUGCCAUCGACGUCACGACCAGGUGUGUCAACCGCUCGGGUUAACCCAACCAGCAUGCACUCUCUGAGUCAGGCGACGAAACUGAACAUCCCGCAAGUGACCCCAAAGCUGAACAAAACCAAGGCUCGAUCUCACAGCAGCAAAACUACAUCAACUUCCACCAGCCAAUCAAAAACAAACCCUACAAACAGUCAGGCAAAAACAGCAACCACAUCAACCAGUUCAGCUAAUGGCACCGUGGGCACUCCAUCAAAGAGCCAAUCGGGAUCAGAAUCUGAUGCGUCUAAGAAAGCUUCCCCAUCUACACCCCCUGCUGUUCCAGUCCCCAGACCAGCCGAGCUACCCAAAGAGAAAGUGCCCACUGCAUCUGUGGCAGCGUCUAAAUCCAUCACUGAGAAAGUAGUGGAACAGGCAGCUGUUGAUAAAGGCGCCCUACCUGCUGACAGAGAACAACAGGAAGAAGAUAUGGAGGUGGAGAAAGCACCGGAGCCAAAGAAGGAUGUUGUUGUUGAAAAACAAAGGGCCAUUGUGAAACCUCAUAUCCUGACCCAUGUCAUUGAGGGGUUUAUCAUUCAAGAGGGGCCCGAGCCUUUUCCGGUUCAGAGGUCCUCACUGCUCACAGACUUUAUUCCUCCAAAGCAUAACAAUGCCGAGGCCAAGGACUCUGAAGAUGACCACUCGCCGUACGCUUUCCGUGACCCGACCCCAGAGGAAAUGCUGAACAGACCCCAGGGAGCAGUGGAGGAGAGGGACCUACAUAUCCAGCCCGCCCCAGGCCCGCUCCCCACCCUAAAGUGUGAGUUCUGUGGCAAAGUCGCUAAGGCAGAGAAGUUCCGUUGCUCCAAGCGCUUCUGUUCCACAACCUGUGCAAAACGCUACAAUGUUGGAUGUUCGCGACGCCUGAGUCUCUUUAAGUCAAGUAGCUCUAAAGACAGUUCCGAGACUAAACAUCUAGUGCGGUCGGUGUCAAUGCCUGCAGGCCGAUGUAUGAGGAAGAGGAAGCCAGCAGGACUGAGGAUGAGGAAGAGCUGGAGGUCAGGACGCGGUGGUCGUAUGAGUUUCAACAGUCUCAGCAGUCAGCCUCUGGAGGAUAACAGCUCAUCGCGUAGUGAACACGAGAGUAGCUCUUCCGUGGGCUCUCCAUCCCCUCCCCAGGAGUUUGAGAUGGAGACAGAUGAACCUAACCCUCAGUCAAACCCUUCCAAGUGGACAGUACAAGACGUGUACGAUUUCAUUAACUCUAUUACUGGUUGCGCUACAUACGCUGAGGAGUUCAAGGCCCAGGAAAUAGACGGGCAAGCACUGCUGUUGUUGAAAGAAGAUCAUUUAAUGACAACGAUGAACAUGAAAUUGGGGCCGGCCCUGAAAAUCUGUGCUCGUAUUAACUCUCUUAAGGAUGAUUAUGUGUGAACAAUUGUGUGUUAAUCCUGUAGGUGUUGAACGUUUCUCUUAACUAGGUCACAGUUUUAGCAGAUCUUCAACUUUGAUGGAUGGGUUGCCUCCCUUUUGUAACUCUGGUCCACUGUCUCGCCAUACAACAGACCACCCUUCUAAUUAUUUUGAAACGUGAUUGUUGUCAUUAAAAAGAAAAAAGGCUGUUAUUUGAAAAUUUUAGAAAGAAGUCUAUUGUGCAUCUCAGUUAACCCUCUGGUGAUCAGAGCAAGUUGGUAUUUUCAUGAUGUAAAAAUAAUAGUUUGGAUAAAAUCUGUCAGUUGUCGAAUCAGUUUGUAAAUUUUGAAAAAAUUUUGAAAUUGAAAGAAUGUCUUGCUCCACUUAACAAAGGUAUUUUUUUUUGUUGAGCUUGACAAUGGACUGUUGCAUGUAUCCUUUAGGCUACAGCAGCCUGUGGUCAUGUUCAUUGAUGAUGUUGUCAUGUGUAGAAUGUAUGUGCUAUUCUACAUCAUACAUUGUCACACAAGGUGACUCUUGAGAGCAUUUGUCGUGGUACAUGUUUAUGUAGGUCUGUGGAUUGGUUUUAAACAAGAACGCAUUAGAAGGAAUUUCAGAGUGUAUUCUGAAACAUGUCGUUUUAAUGUUAGGUUAACUUUCUAAGGUUUUGUCUGGAACAAAAAAAAAUAAAGAACAGUUGACUGGUAUUGUAAAGUGUUCGGUUUGCCGUUAAUAGUUUGGACUACAUUUCAAAAAGAAUUUUACAUGAAUAGUUGUCUAAUUGUUAUGUUACAUCCACUUCGUACAUUUCAUUGUCAAGCAAAUCUAGCUUGGCUUAUUACUGAAGAUUGUAAGCAUGGCUUAUUGAUGUGAGUAAGAUUUUCGUACCAGAUCAUGUUUGUAUGAAUUUUUCCCCCCAGGUUGGUAUUAUUUUCGUAAGAGUAACAUUUAGCAGGAUGUUAGGUGCGAUCGAGGUCCACAUGAGCCAGUUUAUUUCCCUCUUUAAGCAUAAAACUUGACUUGCGAAUAAUUUACACCUGUGACAGAGAUGCCUUUGCAAGAUUAGGCUUGUCACCUUACAUGUUAGAUAUUUAAUUGAGUGCUCUUUUUAUGUAUUUUAGUGAUAUUUACACCCACACGCAUUUAUCGUUUGGUCAUUUUUUAUUAUUGAUUUGUGUACAUGUUUUCUCAUGUUGAGCACAAAAAGUAUCGGAAUAUAAUCAAACAAAUGUCAUUGUUCAUUUACAUGCAUGAAAACCUCCUUUUUGUGUAACAUAUAUGUUCCAUGUGUUUGUAAAUAAGUCAUUUUUUAGAAUACCCUUUUAAAUACAGUUUCAGUUAUGUUCAAUAUUUUGUGCCCUAUUUCGCUGACAAGUAUUAAUAUCUUAUAUUUCAUGUGGCCAGUUUAGGUUUUCUUUUCUUUCAUUGCAGUCGUCGUUUUUUUUCAUCAUCAGUUUAUCAUUAAAAGAAUCAGUAUCAUAUUCACACUUGUCAGAUGCCAUUAAUUUGAUUCUAGGACCCCUCCCCAAAAAAACUGCAUAAGUCAUUUCAAAGCGACAAGGAAGUGGAAUGAAAAAGUGAAAUAUGAAAGAGGAACUAUUAAAAGAAGAGAAAAAAACCACAGAACCUUAGUUAUUUUGGAAGAGGAGUGGAAUGAGAACGAACAGAAACAGCCAUUUUGUCCUGAUGUGUUGUUACAUGUAACUCUAGAAAUCAGCUAUUAAUCUGGAAUAGGCCAUGGGAUACACCGUGUUGGAGAAAUCGAAGGCCUCGUUACUCAUUCCCCACAUUUGUAUGGCUAAGGGGCAAGACAAUGCCCAAGUGACAUCAGCGGAAACAGGUGGGUUCCCAUGCCUGAUGAGUUAAAUUUGAUUACAUGUCGGCGCGUUCGAUUUCUCAAUGUAAGCAAUUUUGUUUACUUCAAACUGUGAUUUCUCGGUAAAUAUGCACAAUCACAAAAAUAGAGAGGUAUGGUUUUUAAACUUCCUACAGGAUACUUCACUGAUGUAUAUAUACAUUUAGUGUAGUCUUGCCUUUUCUUUUAGACCACAGCCUUGCUGAAGUCAAAUCUGGUAACCUGUGCCUGUACUGACUUCUUUCUGGCUUCUGAAUUCACCCCUGACCCUAACACCUCCUAUGACCCACCUCAAAUCAUUGUUUUAGUUCCAAACUGAGUGAAAGAGCCAACUUCAGUUCACAGAGUAAUGAAGCAAAAAUUUGAUUGCACAAACUGCCGACCAGAUGAGGGUACCUGUAGGUCUUCCAUGCAUAUAAACUGUACCUCAGAUCUAGUUUCUGCUGUUGAUACGAAGAAAAAUUUAAACAGUUUUCUAGGGUUUCUGUUGUUAUGGUUUUCAGCUUGUCCGCAGCAAAAUGAAGUUAAGAAAGACAUAAACUACACUAUGGCAUGUAAAAAAAAAAAAGGUGUUGAUUACAGAAAAGGCACUCACAAGUUUUGUGGAAACAUUUAUUUUGUCUUCAUUCAGCGUGUUCCACAGAGUUUUUAGCUCGCCUGUACAAAGUAAGGCGAGGUAUUGUGAGAGGGGACAAAAAGUGUCGGUGUCAGGUUAAGCUUUUUUUUUUUAGCUCCUGUAUAAUGGGCUGUCAUACAUGGGUGGAAGGUUAAACUUUUUCUUUUAGCUCCUGGGCUCUCAUUCAUUGAUUGAAGGUCAAGCUUUUUCAUUUAGCUCUCUAGUCAAACGUAUAGUGUGUAAAUGCACAUUCUCGGAUAGAAGGUUAAGCUUUUUUUUAGCUCUUGUAUAUUGGGCUAUCAUACAUGGAAUGAAGGUUAGGCUUUGUUUUUUUUGGCUCCCUAUUCUGAGGUAUGGUGUGUAAAUGCACAUUCUCAGAUGGUAGGUUAAGCUAUUUUGUUUUAGCUCUUGUUGAUUAGAAAGUUUUGUUUUUUAUAUUUCUUAAGGGCCCACUAAUGGAAGGUUGAACUGUUGUAUUGGCUCUCGUUUUAUAGGCUUUGUGAAAGUUUUUUAAUGAUUUUAAUUGAUAGACUUUCAAUUCAAAAAUUUACCAGUUGUAUAAAUUUCAAUUUUUUUUCUGUAGUAAACACGUUCUUUAGAAAUUAAGCCUCCAUUUAAGGCCAUCCAUACAGUCAGUGACUGUUGUCAGUUGAGUAUUUGUUCAGCCACUCAGAGGGCUACAUUGGCCACUCAGAGUACAAGGAUAGCCAAUCAUGGGAAGCGAUUUGCAUAUCAAUGACCACUCCAGAGAGUUGGUUGAACCACCCCAUAAUGAAAUUUUUUUUUACUGCCAUAGCUCAACACUGGUCGGCCAUGAACAACGUUGGAAUUGUUCAUGGAUUACCGCAUGCAGUUCACAGUUUGCAUAUCAAAGGCCACUGCCUCAGUUUUGUGUACAAACUGGCCAGAAUGAUGUCUUUACCACCACAACACGUUACGGCUUUUAUCUUUAUUCUGAUUCUAUUGUCUAGUUGACCUCAACAGCAGGCGAGCUGGUGGGAUUCUCUGAAUGCGUUGUUGAUUUGACAUCCUCUUGUUCAUUAGCAUCACUGUUAAAAAUUCUAAGUGCCAUUGCAUUGUAUGUAUUUACAAGAAGCACAUUUUGACUGAUUGUAUUUGUAUUAUAAUUUUAUUUGUCUUGUAAUUUUAUUCAAAAGAGUAAUUUGUAGGCUUUAAGUCAGACGAAAGUUUCUUGGUGACAGGCUGGUCUAUUAUUCAUACUUGCAAGCACAACACUGCCUAUAUUAGGCCUACAAGGGGAAGGUAAAAAAUUUGUGAACAGCCUAAAAUCAUAAGGGUUUAUUUGAGCAGCUGGCCAUGAGAUUAACCCAUGUGACAUAUGCAUCUGCAUGUAGGUUUCUUAUCCUCCAUCCAUAGAAAAGGAAAGUUUUUCUCCAAUCUACCCAUGUUAAGGAAACCACCCACCAUGGUGCUUUUGGAGAAGGGCUCAAAUAUAACGGCUUCACAACCAUUGGCCCCAUGUGUGCUGUAGGCCUGUUGGAUUUCACCUGCUUUUUUUUUUUUUCCAGCGACACAUUUUGCAUGAUUCUGAUUGAUUCAUCCAACUUAAAGGGCCACUAAAGAAUUUUUUGUUGAUUAAUUUUUUUGUCAUAAAAAGUAUCAUUUUAAAGUCUAUAUACUUCUGAAGUGCGUUUUAACUGUCCAAUCUUUAUGUAAAACACAGUGUUUAACCUUCGAGAGGCGAGGUGGACUAGAGGCUGGCCUGACCAGUAAUGUCAAACUACACGUACUAUAGGUUUGUGAGAGUACAACUCUACUUGUAUCAACUUCAACAGUGUUCUUCUUUAAUAAUUGAUCCAGUCUUGUUAUGUGAAAGGAAACUGAAGAAAGAUAGAAAAUACUAUGUAUUGUGCUAUUGGGUUUAAAGUUUCUGUAUUAUAUUGGUCACUGCUAAUUAUACUCU